AUGAAAGACAUUUGGGAGGCUCACAAACUUAAUCCUCCUUACCUUUACAAGGCCCAGCUCCAAUUCAAAGCUCAAGGCUGCCGAAGACAAAAGAAGAAAUUUAAAGAUCACAAAAGCCAAACCUCGAAAUCACGGCUCCAAAAGAAACCCCUCCAGAACGGUGCUUCACAACAGAUGCACGGGCUCAAGACUGCUUCCCAAAUUGAUCCCACCAAACGGUACAAACCCCAGCUAGUCGGGCCGAACGGCAAGCUUGAUACGAGUCUAGCAGUGAACUCACAAGAUUGGCUUCAGCAACAACAAGCCCACCAUGGCCCACCUACCGAACGUAUGCACGUGGUAUUAUACUUGCCGAAACAAGAAGCCAAGCACAACUCAAAGAUAGUCGAAAACUUGAACCAAAGGACACGCAAAGAUAGUCUUGCUGAACGGAAAGUCCCAAGAAGGAACAAAAAUUGGCACGCAAAGAGUCUUACCAACUCCAAGCCAGCCCACGAGUCUGCGAAAUGCUCCUUGCCAAAAUUGACGAAAAACUACAAGCUCUCGUGCCUACACAGAGAGCCCAACCAGAGAUACCUUUUGUCAAAAUCACACGAGGCAUAG